UGGUGGUUCGGGGGCCUCCGCCUUCAUUUCCCGGCUGAAUCCCUCAGAGGGAGGCGGCGGCGGCCACACAAGGCUACCAGUAGUCUGGUGGUGGUAGUUUUGGCAGCAGCUGCAGAGGCUCGAGCCAUGGCGGAGCUGGAGCAUCUGGGAGGGAAGCGGGCAGAGUCGGCGCGAGCGCGGCGGGCUGAGCAGCUGCGGCGCUGGCGGGGCUCGCUGACAGAACAGGAGCCCGUGGAGCGACAGGGCGCAGGGCGGCAGCUGCAGACGAAACGCGGGAGCCCCAGGGUCCGCUUCGAGGACGGUGCGGUCUUUCUGGCUGCCUGCUCCAGCGGAGACACGGACGAGGUGAAAAAGCUUCUGGCAAGAGGUGCGGACAUCAACACGGUCAACGUGGACGGCUUAACAGCCUUGCACCAGGCCUGCAUUGAUGAAAAUUUGGACAUGGUGAAGUUUCUGGUGGAGAACAGAGCCAGUGUAAACCAGCAAGACAACGAGGGCUGGACACCCCUACAUGCAGCAGCCUCCUGUGGUUAUCUCAACAUAGCAGAAUAUUUUAUUAGCCAUGGAGCCAGUGUGGGUAUUGUGAACAGUGAAGGUGAAGUUCCUUCUGACCUUGCAGAAGAACCAGCCAUGAAAGAUCUUCUUCUGGAACAAGUAAAGAAGCAAGGAGUUGAUCUAGAGCAGUCAAGAAAGGAAGAAGAACAACAGAUGCUACAGGAUGCACGCCAAUGGCUCAACAGCGGGAAAAUAGAAGAUGUGAGGCAGGCUCGCUCAGGGGCCACAGCCCUGCAUGUAGCUGCUGCAAAGGGUUACUCUGAAGUCCUCAGACUUCUAAUUCAGGCUGGCUAUGAACUCAAUGUUCAGGAUCAUGAUGGCUGGACUCCUCUUCAUGCUGCUGCACACUGGGGAGUAAAAGAGGCUUGUUCCAUCCUGGCAGAAGCACUCUGUGACAUGGAUAUCCGGAACAAACUGGGCCAGACGCCAUUUGAUGUGGCUGAUGAAGGUCUUGUAGAGCAUUUGGAGAUGCUUCAGAAGAAGCAAAAUGUGCUUCGAAGUGAAAAGGAGACACAGAAUAAGCUCAUUGAAUCAGACCUAAAUAGCAAGUUUCAGAGUGGACUCUUCAAGAACAAAGAGAAGAUGCUUUAUGAGGAAGAGAUCCCCAAGUCCCAAGAAACAGAGGAAGAAAAUAAAGAAUCCAGCAGCUCCAGCUCAGAGGAAGAGGAAGGGGAAGAUGAAGUUUCUGAAUCAGAAACUGAGAAGGAGGCAGAUAAAAAGCCAGAAGCCACUGUCAGCCAUUCCAACUCUGAAAGCAAGAGUCGUAUCAUGGAGCAGAUCCCAGCCCCAGUUCAGAACACCUUCUGUGCCUCUUCUGCUAGGAGAUUGUCCAGUCUUUUCAACAAGGCAGAAGAACCCAAAGAUGAAUCUCCUUCUUCAUGGAGACUGGGACUCAGAAAAACUGGCAGUCACAAUAUGCUGAGUGAAGUGGCCAAUUCCAGGGAGGCCUUUCGAGACCGAGGUUCUUCCAUCUACCGUUCCUCAUCAAGCCCUCGGAUUUCUGCUUUAUUGGAUGACAAAGAUAAGGAAAGAGAAAACAAAAACUAUUUUAGUACACUAGCACCCCGGAGACUCAGCAGCACAAGUGACAUUGAAGAAAAGGAGAACAGGGAGUCAGCUGUUAAUCUGGUGAGAAGUGGCUCCCACACUAGGCAGCUAUGGAGGGAUGAAGCAAAAGGAAAUGAAACUCCACAGACAAUUGCUCCUUCCACUUAUGUGUCAACUUACUUGAAAAGUGCUUCAUUUGGUAAAAGUAGUGACCCCACAAGUCCCUACAUUUCAGCCAAUCGCAAUUCAUCUCCUGCUACCUCACCCAUUACCAUUGGUUCAUCUACCUCUCGGGGCAGCCAGUGGCAACCUGCCUCUUCUUGCCCUGCAUCAGUCAGUACAAACACUGCUGCACCUGUGCAACCUGUCAGGGCUCCUUACAAAUCCCAGGCUGACUCAACAGCAGAAAGGAAAACAGAUAGCGUGUCGUCCAGUACUCCACUGUGUGUGAUCACCAACCGCCCUGCAUCAGGCACUGCCAAUGGAGUCCCCUCUGCCACAGUAUUCUCCUCCGCUGGAACAGAGUCCUCUGCAGAAGGCCGGGAGAAGAGGAGGUCUUAUCUGACUCCUGUACGGGAUGAGGAGGCAGAGUCUUUACGGAAAGCACGCUCCAGACAAGCUCGGCAGACGCGAAGAUCUACUCAAGGUGUUACCCUAACAGACCUUCAAGAAGCAGAAAAGACUUUCAGCCGGUCAAGGGCAGAGAGGCAAGCUCAGGAGCAGCCUGGGGAGAAGCUUGAAGAUCCUGGUGGGCUUGAAGAGAGCAUCAAAAAUCAGGAGCCAUCAGCAGCCCCAGCAAAGGAAGCUGGGGAGGGCCAGCAACCUUGGGGCAGGAGUCUGGAUGAAGAGCCUAUCUAUCAUCGUCUAAGGUGUCCAACUCAACCAGACAAACCCACAACACCAGUGUCUCCUUCUGCAUCAAGACCCUCAUUCUACACUAGUUCUCACUUACUACAGACAAGUAGAGCUUCAGUCCCUGAUUCUGAGAACUCAGAGACCACCACAAACACCACAGCCACAAAGGAAAUGGACAAGAGUGAGAAAAUAGAAGCUGAUUUGGACGAUCAGUCUUCUAACAGGCUGUCUACCCGAGAGAGGAGGCGACCUAAGGAUCGACGAAGAGGCACAGGCAUUAACUUCUGGACAAAGGACGAGGAUGAGGCAGAUGUCUCUGAAGAGGUCAAAGAAGCAUGGCAUGAAAGACUUUCUAGGUUGGAGUCAGGAGGCAGUAACCCAGCAAGCAGUGAUUCUUACAGUGACCGCACCUCAGCAAGAGCCCGUCGGGAGGCCAGGGAGGCUCGUCUAGCCAGCCUGACCAGCAGGGUAGAAGAGGACAGCAACAAGGAUUAUAAAAAACUCUACGAGAGUGCCCUUACUGAAAACCAAAAACUGAAGACAAAACUUCAGGAGGCCCAACUAGAGCUUGCUGAUAUAAAGUCCAAGCUUGAGAAGAUGGCCCAGCAGAAACAAGAGAAGACCUCUGACCGGUCCUCGGUGCUGGAGGUGGAGAAACGGGAGAGACGAGCCUUGGAGCGGAAAAUGUCAGAAAUGGAAGAAGAGAUGAAGGUGUUAACAGAACUGAAAUCUGACAAUCAGAGGCUGAAAGAUGAAAAUGGUGCCCUCAUCAGAGUCAUCAGCAAACUGUCCAAAUAGAUGAGGUCAGAUGUGGGAGGAGGGGCGAGCAUUUGCUGCCCACCCUUCGUUUCCAGCUAUGGUCUUCCGGCCAAAAGAAGCGAGUGUCUUGGAAGAAGGGCAUCUCCCCCUGAACCUCGUCAGUCACCUCCUCUGCACUGUACAUUUUCUCUGCACUCUCAAUGCCCAGUUACCCCUGCAUCUCUAUCCCAAGUUUCACAACAGUUUUUCCUGAAGCAUGAUUGUGACCAUUUCAAGCAAUCUGGAGAAAGCCUUGUGGGGUACACCAAGCUCAGCUGUGGACCCCCAACUUUUGCCGCUUUGUCCACAUUGGUUUCGGUCCAGAUAUGUAAGGCUUUGAUUCAUAGCCUUUACACUGACCCACUGUCCUUUAAUAUAGGAGAGUCUUGUGGUGGCCACUCCAGGAUCCCAUCUGGGGUGCCAAGAGAAAGGGCAGAAUGUAGAGUUGCUCUUUGGACCUGCCUCUGGAGCAGUUUAUUUAGAGUCCAAGGUGACUGGGUUCGUGUUAUGCACCUCUCAGGAACUGACUUGUUUUUACUUUUCUAUCAAUAACCUAGGAACAUCCCUGACUAGUCUUAACCUUAUUUCUCCCUUUCUAUAAGAUUUAGAUUGCCCUGGACUCUCUUGCUCCUUUUCUUUCUGUCCUUUUAUGAUUUCUCCUCCAGGCCUGAUGGCAUAAAAACUGAAACAGAGCUCCUGACCUCAGUUGGGGUGUUUUGUAAAAUCAUCACUCUGUUGCCUUGGUGCCAUGACUUCUCUCCCUGCAAAGCUAGACGAUGGCUAAGGGUCAGCCUAUUGUUCACAUCUGAAACUUGUCUGCUUACAAAGUGGUUUUUCUGGAUUCCUCCAGUAGUAUAUAGUAGUACACACCUAUAAUCCCAGCACUUAAGCUGAGGCAGGAGGAUCAGGAGUUUGAGGCCAGCUACAUAGCAAGAAAAGGGAAGUCUGGGUAUUGAAUAUUCCAGUUGUCCUUGCUUUAUUUUCUUUUCCACACAGGCACCUGCUCCUAAUGAGCAAGAAGGCCUGAGGGAGAGUGGGUGGAAGCUAGACUAGAGAAUGGAAGCAGGCUAGAGAGACAUGAGGAGAACAACUGAGGGCAAUUGGAACACUGCGUUUAUACUGUGAGGAUGGUAGAAACUUGCUUCCUGGUAGUCACCUUCAGGGUCUGAGAGACAUUCCCCUUUUUGGAAGCCAACAAGAGAAAUGACUGCUAGGUAGAGAUUGAGAAAGGUGACUCUUUAAGAGUGGGAAGGCCCACAGAUCAUGUGACCCAGCCCCCUUGUGUUACAGGGGCCCUUCCCUGUUGCCACAGCUCUGACCUAUGGUCAGCUUCUGAUAGCUAUGCAUUAUUACUUGAGGCUUGGGCCCCUCUGAUAAGCAGUUUUUAUUAAGAGAAGCUGGGAUCUGCUGCUUCCUGCCAAGACAGCAUGUUAGAUACAGGUGGAUGGUGGUCUCUAAUUCCCUCAUCCUUUCAUCCCUCCUCAGAUGUCAUGAUUUUGAUGCCUCUCACACCUUGACUACCAUCCUCUAGAGUCUAGACGAAACAUCCCUUUAGAUUAUCAUGCCUUGGCCUAUACAGAGUACUCAUUAAUUCCAGCUCUUUAGUUCCUAUCUGAUCCAGUGCUGCUGGGUAUAAUGCGGUUUGGGGGCAUUUUGUCCUUUGGUUCACAUUAAAGGACAGGUCCUUUAAUGCCUCAUUAUUUGGGGAUUGCCAUUGAUGUGGACCAUUCUAACACUACCUCUGUUAGUUUCUUUCAUAAGGACACCACUGUCCUUUUUGGUGGCCCUUGCAGACUUUGUGUGCUCUUAAACAGAAGUUGUAAUUCAGGGUCCCAGUUACAGAAAUGGAACAGAAAUGGAAACCAUGUCCAUUCUGACACGCUUUCAGCACAUACAAUAUUCUCUUUUCCAUUUCAACCCACUCUUCCAAGGAGUCUGGGUUGGGCUGCUCUAUUAUCGUGAAGCACUGAGCCCGGGUCUUAGGAAGUACUGAACCACAGUAAGAAGGGCCUGUUUUCUGCUAUAGGAAGUGUUCCCUUCUUGCUGGGAGACAUCAAUAGGGUGUCAGCCAACUGAUUCUUCUAGCUUGGCUUGGAUAUUGGGAAAGAGGAGAUUACUGCCUCAUUCUUAGAAAAAGAAAAUGGGAUUUUAGGAAGACAGUUUGAGGCUCCUCCAUUCAUAGUCUAGGUAAAGGUGUUGCAGAAUGCUAUGCCUUUGGGGCAAGUUCUCAAAACUCACAAACUGGCAUUACACCAGCUGCUGUAUGUGGCCUUCCAUGUUAAAAUGCCAUCUCUUGUUGGGAAGGUUACCUUGUGACAAGUUAUUUACAAGCUUCUCAGUCUCUGUAGUACUGGAACUUGUGGCUGAGAACCCAUCAGAAUACAAAGGACCUCAGGUCAUUCCAAGCACUUCCUUGUGGGCCACUAAUUUUAUUAGACAGAAACACUGAAUUUGGUCUCUUCCAGAAUUCUUCAAAAUCACAUCUACUGAAAGCCCCCAUGAAAGACAUAAGCCUUUCGAUAGCCAGCUGUCUGGGUGCUGUCUCCUUUUCCUGCAUUGCCUGGCUAGUUAUAUACCGUGGGUCUCUCCAGUGGCCACCAGCCUCACCUGCUGGCUUCCUUGUGAGUGAUCUUGCAGCCCCACUGCAGGCAGAUAGCCAUGCAGGACCCAGCCCUGACACACCAGUCUUCAUGGGAAACUAAGAUGGGAAUGAGAGUGUUCUCAUUCAAUUGACAGCUUUCAAUAGGCAAGCUACCUUUGGGAGUAAUGACUGGCCAUUCCAGAGCGUCUCUGGCUGGAGUUUGCCUGUUUGCUUCUCAGGGUCUUCUGAGCCUUUCCAGACAGUUCCUGGAGGUGCUGACUUCUAGCUCUAUCCCAGUCUCUAAGGGAAAGGUUGUGUACACUUAAGGGUGUUACCUCAAAAGAGGCUGAAAAACAGAUCUGUCUUGGGUCCACUCAGUACACUGAAUUCUUAACUAGCCUGUUCUCAUUUCCUAGAACCUCCUUGUGUCUACCCAACACUGGGACAUGUUCUCACCCUCACUCCCCCAACCCCUCACUUCUGCCCCAGGCCUCAGACCCCUACAUGCAAGUUCUAUGGGAUUGCUGGUGGCUUCCACUCAGGCAGUACAGGAACAGAGUCUGUAUACAGGUUCAUAUACACGAGUAUAUGAACCAGAGAUGAAGGAACUCUCCAAGCCAUGCCUUCAUCUGGGACUCUGGUUUCUGACCCCCUUGCAGCCUUUCCUAGCAGAGACAGCUGUCUCCUCCCAGUGUCAACAUACUGACAGUGUUAGGAGGUGGGCCAACAUGCCACCACCUGUUAGGGGGUGGGUCUUGGGGAGAGUUUUCAGACUGUUGUGCACGUUGAAAGAGCAUUGGGCAUAUAGGCCAGCAGGGCAUUUAGUGACUGCCUUCACCCAGCAGGUGAGCCACAGCUUCCAUUGCAGCCUCACACUGACACUGUGCUGCAGGAGCCCAGCUGUCCUCCCUCAGUACCACUAGGCUCUAGUCCAUUGCUUACAAGCCUUUUCCGAGGCCGGCCCUGUCCAGAUCCAUGUCCAGUUAUAGCUACAUCUCAAUCUCCAUUCUCUUCUGAAGGUAGGUUCAAACUCUCAAACAACACAGGUUCCCUUGACCCAGGAAGUGAGGCAGCUAUGAGGGUGCACACAGUUAAGCCACAGGGAGUCAGGGCCAAAUUACUUAACCUUGGGCAAGAUGAUCUUUAAAAUCCCCUUGGCUUAACAUUCUGUGAUUUACUUAUUUUCAGAAAGAUGAGGACAUUUUUGACGCUUAGAUUUCUGCUUCAAAAGUUGCUUAACUUCAAAUUAUCAAGAUCAGUCUUGCUUUCUUCCCAAAUUCAAGCUGUUUAAGAUCAGCAUCUCAAGGCUGAUCUCUCCCCCAUGUUAGAAAGUGAGUUUGACAUUGAGAGCUGUUGAAUAGCGUUGUGAUUGCUUUCCCUCCUGGUGGCUAGGUAAAAAUAUUACCAACCUGGAGAGGUGGAGAUUGGAGCUGGUAGGGCAUGGAUAGAGCAGGGUGUUGCAGGCAGCCAUUAGACACAGUGUGUCACUAGGAAAGCAACUGCUGCAUGUAGGUUUGCUCAGCCAUCUCACCCACAUGUGGCCAGUGCUGCUUCUCAGCACCCAAGCAGCAGGCUUACUACGCAUCUGCUGGCACCAGCUGGUUCCUAGUCUUAAGCUCUGCCUUGAACAGCAAGAGAACGCUCUGCAGUGAAGCUCAUAGUUCGGUGGUUACUGCGGCUGAGCUCUGCCUCUGACACUGCUGCUGUUCAAUAUGCUCUUUCACAGCAGAAGCCAUGAAAGCAGGAGGUGUUUCAGACCCCACGACCACAUAGACCACAUAGCAUAGAAUGGUGCUCUGGCUGGACUCCUACAGUCAGGGCUUGGAUGUGAGCAAAGGGCCAAACCCUGGAAGUGGGUACCUGCAUUUUGUAGUGAGUGAAAGAUAGGAGUUCUGUGAAUGUGGCGCAGGAUGGAGAUCGCAAGCACUGGGAGGAAGGAAGCCGGGCUUCUGCACCUGGAAAUGUGUUUUUUCAUUAAGUUCAUCCCUUGGCUCCAGCUGAGCUAGAUUUUAAUCAGCUUCCCUAAUGGGUAUUGACACUGCUCGGAGCAGUCAACUCUGUCGGGGACAACUAUUGAUUGCUUGUGUUCUGAUUAGAUUGGAAAAAUAGAUCAACUUCAUUAUAGCCCAGGAGCUGUCAUUGUCACAGCUACAGAGAAAUGAAGUGGUCUCUGAGGGCUGAGGAAAAACAGUUGGGCUCCCGAACCAGAAGUAGCUGAAACUUGUACCCAUGUCUCCUUGAGAGCUGUGGUUAAGGGUCACAGUUGCCCUGGAGUAUGCCUUGCAACCCAGAGCCUGGAUGGCCACUGUGGCGAGAUGGUAGAGGAGCCCAUGGCACUGACGCAUGUUCUGACCUUACCUCAGCAGACAUGACGGUGUGAGAGUCUCUUUAAGCCUGGGAACACACACAUACACACCAGGCUGGAGCUUUCAAAAAGAGUCUGGCAUUUUGAUUAGAAAUGAGAACGCAGAAACCAGUUUUAUCCAAGUGGAGCUCUGUCUUUUUUGCUCUUCCUACACCCUUCCAGUUUCCCAAAGGACUUCUCACUCCCACUCAUUUGCUUAUCUUCCAGAUUGGGAAUCUGCCAGAACGACAUUUUGUUAUUUCACCUCUAAAUUUUCCCCUAAUGCUUCCAAUAAAAUUUUACUUGGGUGGCCCCUUAAGGUGUCAUCAAGAUGCUAGCUUGGGCCCUUCCAAAAUAAGCACACCCUCCCCCUUCCUUCCCUCUCAUCUCCCUCCAUACUCCUUAGGUGCCUGAGGGAAGAGGUUUUCCAUUAAUCAGCCAAGAGUCCUGUAGGAUUUUCAAACCCAACAGCAACUCAUCCCUCCCAACCUGCCCACCACCCAUAGCCAGUCCCUACCCACUUUUAAAGCUCCCUGGCUGUGCUAUCGGCCCUCAGAGAGCAGGUCUGGCUUAUAGGUCUAGAUGCCUCCUCUGUUGCAGGGCCCUGUCUGGCUCAUUCCAUCUUUUCUGAGGGCUGUGACUGAGGCCUAAGGCAGAAGUGUUUCGUCAGCACUGGCUGAACUAGUUUGUUUAGCUAGGGUCAGCCAAGCAGGAGAGAAGAUCCAGGAAAAGCUUGACCGUGAAGAUCAUAAGGGCCACUGAGGUGCUCUUGAGCCCAGAACUGGGGAUCCUAGCAUGGAUCCUAAACAAGGGACACUCAGGCAGGAGCAGCUUGAUCGUCUCCAGAGCGCAAGUGUCUGCUGUUCUCGGCCCUGCUCUCCUGAAACCUCAGGCAGAUCUCAGCUUAUCCUCGGCUGGGGAGACUAGGUGGAAGCGAUUGUAGGCACCAGAAGGCAGGCACAGGAAAAAGGAUUCUGAGAGGAUGCACCUCCAACGUGCGCUCCUUUUUAGCCAGCAUCCCUUGAGCCCUUGGCAGCUCGGGCCUCCUCCCAGCUGGUACCUUAAGGCAGAGCCAUGAUUUCCCUGAAGAGGGGAGUGAACCUUCCCUCCUUCGCUGGGGGAUGUGGCCAACUCCUGGCUUUGGCUUUAUGGCUUUCUUGUAGUCAUGUGUCCUCUGCUCCAGUCUUGAUCACUACUUCAGUGCUAGCAUUUUACAUUUCCUCUCUCCACCCUUCACCCACACUUAAUGCACCGAAUGGAACUGUUUUCCAGCUGAGUUGUGUGGAUUCACUUCAGUCAACUGUAAGUACACCUGGAGGAGGCUCCUGAUGGAGGGGAAGCCAGACUGGCUUUGUGAACUGAAUGUAUUUUUAUGCAAUUUUGAGUGGCCUUUCAACCCUGAGAUGGAUUUGUUUUACUGGUUGUUGUUAUAGAAUAUUAAGUAUUCUGUGUUUUGAAAGUUUGGGAAUAAUAUUCACAUCUAUAUGAUGCCUGUAAACACAACAGUAUUUAUAAACGAGGAAAUAAAAUUGUGUUUUAACUUUG